AUGAAUAGUUCUCCAAAUUUAAUCCUCCCUUGCUUCCUCAUUCUUUUACUCACCAUACCAACCCAAUCCCAAACUAUCCCCAAUCCCAAGCCUGAUUCAAACUUACCCCCAAAACCAACCCCAAAUUCAGCCUCAAUUUCUCAACACCCAAAACUCGAGCCGGACUCGAAUUCCGUUUCACCUCACCCGAAACUCGAGCCGCUUUCAAACUCAACUUCGCCAAACUCGGAACCAACACACGGUUCGAACACAAUCUCACCGAACACAAAACCGCCGAUCGAUUCACCCGCGAAGCCAGCACCGGAUUCAAACUCAACUCCACCACACAAAAGUAAUGCCACGUCACCACACGAGAAACCAACGACAGACUCACACACGAAGCCAGCACCGGAUUCAAACGCAACUUCACCAAACAAAAGUAAUGCCACGUCACCACACGAGAAACCAACGACAGACUCACACACGAAGCCAGCACCCGAUUCAAACGCAACUUCACCAAACAAAAGUAAUGCCAUGUCACCACAUGAGAAACCAACGACAGACUCGCGGAAGAAGCCAGCACCAGAUUCAAAACCAAAACCCGCGCCCAAAGUACCUCCAAAACCGAAGAAUGUCACGUCACCCUACCAAUUCGUUAACCGCUUCUGCCUGUCACGGAGGCUGGACGUGAAGGCCACUUUCUGCCUGCAGGUCCUCCGGUCGAGCGCCGCCAGCACCAAGGCGCAGGACAACCGGGCGCUCCUCGCCAUCUCCGCCGAUGCCGCCAUUAAGUUCGGGCGCCAGAACAUUGCUAUCCUGAAGAAGCUCUCGGCUGGCCGGAAGUCGGACCUGAAGGCGGCGGUGGGGGAGUGCACGGAGGCCUAUGAUGGUUACAUCAAGCAGUUCCACACGCUGGUGGAGGAGGCGGCGGUGGAGGCCCAGCUGGCGAGCUACGAUUCAGAGCUGGCCAAGAUGGAGAUCGGACGCUGCGUGAGGGCUGCCAAGGAGGCGAAGAACGGCGAGAUCGAGAAGGGGAAUAAGGCGGCGCUGGAUUACGCCAGCCUCGCGCAGAAUAUUGCAGAUUCUAUUGAUUAA